AGAUGAAAACAACAACAUUGGUUUGGCUGGCCGCCAUAAACUCGGCAGAUAACUAAAAGCAAGCAGAUUGCCGGAUGUAUUUUUAAAUCGUCUCCUCGACACCGGUAGAUGCCUUCUCAAACUGAUAGGAACAUUUGAAAUACAUUCCAAGGAACGGGCAGUAGUGUAUUUGAAGACAUUUACAAUGCCACAACAUAAGAAUCACAAAGGAAAAGGACAUAAAAAUAAUGCAACAGCUGGAGACAAUAACAAGCAAGUGCAAGAGCACCAAGCCAUUGCACAGGAAAAUGUUGACCCCGAUUUUGCUGUUUGUUGCAUACCCACUGGAUGUACAGAAGAAAUGAAUAAGAUUGAUACACAUGACCCUGGGGAUGCUGUUAAAGUUGCGUGCAAUAACGAUCAAUGCCCUAACGGAAACUGGAUGCACGCAGGAUGUUUUGCGACAUGGGAGGAAACUGUUUUGGCAUAUCUUCGAUCUUGUGGCCGUGCUCGAAGCUGGAGUGAAAAGCAGCGAAUGCAAAACCUUUGGACUAAGAAAGGCUAUGAUCUCGCCUUCAAGGCUUGUGAUUGUAAAUGUGCAAAAGGCCACCUUCGUAAAGAUCUGGAUUAUAUCCCCCCACCUAAACCAAAGAAGAAAACGUCGAAGAAGAAGCAUCCUUCAGGUGAGAGCACAAAACCUGUUGGAAUGGCACCCCAGAAGGCCCAACCCCAGCCUGUGUCCAAUUCAGGUCAUCGUGACCACCGCCCACAGUUGCGACUACGUACCGAUAGUUUGAGUAGCGAUUACCACCCACAGCUUAGAUUGCGCACUGAUAGCCUUGGGAGUGCUGGGUCUAGCCCUCCUAACUCGGCUGACUCCUCCUCCCCUCCAACAACCCCUAACAGCUUCCUGAAAAAGGGGUCAUUUGAUUUCUUCACCGACGCAGCUCAAGCAGCCUCCGGAAACAUCUUCAAACGUCGUAGCGAUAUGUCAGCGUUUUCGUUUUUGGCUGCAACAAAACGAAACCCAUACCAUAUAAAGAUGGAAGAUGAAGGUCCCCAUGGCAAUGAUGAAACACGUUGUUUCAUUCUCUCCAACCUAAGCACGUUUAAGCAGACUGAGGUCAAAUGUGGACUGUGUAGCCGUGACCUUGUUGUAUAUGACCGAUACCCUUUGAUAGAUGGAACCUUCUUCCUGUCCCCGAUAUCAUACAACUCUAAGAUUGAGUUAUUAGUUGAAGGACGCAAGCAGUUCCUGAAUGCCAUUUGCAUGUUCUGUUUGGAGGGAGAGUGCUCAUUAAAGUGCACAGCGUGCCGUAAACCAUGGGAUGGCAGCACCUUGUUGCUCGGCACAAUGUACUCGUAUGAUAUCUUCGCUGCCAUGCCAUGCUGCCACAAGCGCCUGACGUGUAACAAUUGCAACAGACGUGUCAUCGACCCCGCCUACUGUGGAUACACCUAUUAUAGCCAGUUUAGCCAGAAUAUACGAUGCCCUUUUUGUAGAACAAAUGGACAUCAUUUCGUGAAACCUUUAAGAGACUGUUUUUACAUCAACCGUAGGCCUAUAUGGAAAUAAUUGACUUGAAACUAGGAAAUAUCCCAUUCUGUAUAUCAAGCCCCCUCCCAGGCAUUCUGUUUAUCGAGCCCUAGCCCGGUGAUGAAGUGUGACAAAGUCCUCAGCUAACUUUUUCAUGAUUGAUACUGGACAUAUAUAAAGAUACAAGAAUUGGAUAAACCCCAGCUUUAACAAUGAUAAACAUUGUCAUAGUAAGAAUAAUUUUGCGGAUUCCCAUUUUCGAACAAUGGAUUAAACACCCUAAGUUACAUGUAGUACUGAACUGCAACUAUCAAAACCAUCUGUGUAAUAUACUCCAGUAUUGUAAAUGAUUUUUGACAUGGUUUAUCCAGGACUAAUUGGUAACUAUGGUAAUGGAAGGAUAUAUACCAGCUGAAGGUGGUGGUUGCCAUGGAUACCAUACAAAAGUAUUUCUACAUAUAGUCAUGUGAGUAAAACAGGUUGUUGUUCUAUUGCAGGGAAUUUUGAUGUCUUGCUUUAAAAGCAGAACUUUUAUAAAUAAUAUUCAACGUUGUUAUCAACACGUGCAAAAGACCUAUUGAAAUACACCUUUCAAAAUGAGAGUGAAUGUACCACUAAAAUUGGUCUAAAAUUUAUAAAUCAUUCAUAUGGUGUUUUGGAAUGGUGUAUUUAAUGGUGUAUAUGGGGUUACUUAUGGAGUAGGCAAUUAUAUCAUAUGUUUAGAUAAACAUUUAUUAAAUAUGAUAUUGUAUCUAGUAUGUUCUACGCAUUUAUAUAGGUGAUAUAGUAGGCAUAUGUACAUAUUAUAAAACCCAUAUAUUUUAUUAUACAUGUUCAUUAGUAGAGUUUUAGGUGCAAAAUUGGAAUAUCAAUGUAAAUACUGAUAUUUUCAUUUAGUUUAUUUUUUGGACAAAACAAGAUCUACUUCUAAUUGCUAAACUUUUAUUUUUCCAAAGUAGGAUAGAUGUUUUCAUACUUGUAGGCCAACAUGUAAAAUAAUGUAUCACUGAUCGAAAAAAUGAUAAAAAAAGGUCAGAUGUUAGUUGGUAUGUGGACAUACCACAGAUUUUAACGGUUUAUUUUAAUUUUCAACACAAAUUUGAGUUGGACCAAGUAAGAAUCUGAUGAUAGAUUUCUUGGAAUAUUUAAGAAGAGGGCUAGCUGACAAGGUUAGAAUGUGUAUAAACAAUAUUAAACAUUGAUGUAUUGAUUACUGCUAUUUUUAGCAAUAAUGUUUAUUUAGCCCUUCCAUAGAUUGAAAGAACCAGUAAAAACUGGAAUAAAUGAAUCAAUCAAAAAACUUUUUUUAACUGAGGAAUUGUGUGAGGCUAAACGUUUGAAGGCAAAAACCUGUAGCAGUAUAAAGUAAAAACUGCAAAAAAUACUACAGAGCUUGCAAAAAAUUCAAUGGAGAUUUCAGUUGAAAAUUCUCUAGCUCUCUGAAGCUUAAAGAAAACCCUUUUGUUAUUGCCAAAGAUGUUGUUUCAAACGCUUUAUUUUUGUAUUCAGUACAGUUUUAUUUUGUUUCUUACAGUACAUGCUAAGUACUGUUUAUCCAUGUUUAAAAUAUGGAUAUAAAAUACCAGAAAUAUACAUUUAGAUAUAAAUUUAUAUUACAUAAUGUCUUUUGAAUAUGUUCAUCCGAGGUCAAGGCUUGGCCAGCUAUUAGGUUUGUUGACAUCUCAUUACUUAGCAGUAACCUGUAUGUAUUUGAUAUACCAUAGUACAGUUAACUGUUUUGUACUUAGAGUUGAACACAACAGUGUAUUGGCAACAGUGAACAAGAGACACAGUAGGAAAUACAGUGAUAGGUUAUCUCUAAAUGCUUCAAUUGUUUACCCUUAAACUAUACCAGAAUACUUCAUUGAUACUCUUUCAAUUGGGGAUAAAAGUUUACCUACAAUCUAGUCAUACAAAAAAAGUCUGGAAGUUACUUAUUUUGGUCCUUUGAUUUCAUUUGAAAUUUUUCUCCCAUUCUUAUAAAUGUAUAUGUACAUGUCAGCAAGCCUGGAACUGAUAGCGUUCUCUCUCAAUCUCUAGGAAUGUUUUUCUUAGCUGGGUACAAACUCCCCAGUUUACAAUUUUAACUUUAUCAGCUUU